AUGGCUUCCGGAGCUGGUCCACAAAAUCAGAGCGACCUUCCUCCGGUAAUGAAAAGGUCACAUCACAUAAGAAGCCAGCGAGAGCGCUGGUCUGCUGAUCUCCCAUUCCCGGCAUCGAUGCCAACUGCACGACCCGAUGAUGCUCUUCCUCAACCUCACCCACCCAAGAAACGGGUUUGUUUGGCUCCCAGCAAUUCCACCCAUCUUCCGUCAUCGGAAAAUUCGUUCCUACAAGCCUCUCGUCAAAAUUCUACAAGGCGAGUUCCGAGGCCAUCCAGCACGGCCAGGGCCCCAAACCACAAUCCCUCCUCGGCACCACCCAAAGAUCAUGCUACCGCCAGGCAGCUAAAUAUUAGAGACAUUCUCGCCCAGCUAGAGGAAUCCUACCAAAAUCGAGGGGGCUCAACCAUGUCCCAGGAUCGUGCCGGAGCUCGUAUCCACGAAAUCGCACCCAAUAUUUCUAACCGUAAAGAAGCUCCUAAACCCGAUACAAAGAUCCGCCAACUAGGGAGGCAUUUUUGGUCAUCGAGCAAAGGUCCACGGGCUGAGGAGCCCACCCGUAUGGGGCCAUACCUCCAUAUAGGCGGCCCGUCAACCAUGGAAUCCAAAUGCAAAAGCACCAAUCAAUUGGACUACCACGCCUACCGUCAGGCUACAAAACCAGCCAAGAUAUUUACUUACUGCGAAAAGUGCAAAGGGGUAGUCCCAAAUUGCCCUUUGUGUGGACUCCUGGCAAUGUUAGGGAGACCAGCUGUAAAGCGUCCAAGUCCUGAGGAAAUGAUCCGCGAAAACGCACAAUACUAUUCGAAGUUAUUCAAAUUCAACGAACAAUCAAAGGUCCCGCCUAAGCCCCCGAAGAAAAGAAGGGAGCCAGUACAGCCUACAGCCUCUCGACUCUCCCUAUAUCCUGAUGGGAAGCGACCUGAUUGGGACACACUCCCCGAAAAGGGGCCCGAAUAUUCCACUUGGGAUACUAAUGACACCCCAACCCAGACAUCUCUAUGGGAUCAGCCUAUAGCAAUGCCACCGGAACCGAUUCCCGAUGCCCACCAAGCGAAGAAACCAUUGCUAGCCGCGCAGCGUCCGAGGGAUAAAAUAUCUGAACCAUUUUUACGCCAACGACCGGAAAGCAAUACAGGUAAGGUUGUUUGCUUCAGAUGUUGGAAUUAUGGACACAUUUCAAAAAAUUGCCCAGAGAGCUACGCUACUGAUGUUGAAGAGCAAGAAAUUCGACGCGUGCUAAAACCGUUCCCUCUGGUACCUGGUUGGGAAACAAUUUUGCGGAGUAACGAAUUGGACCCCAUGACCGUCGAAGAAGCGCUGCGAAUACAGACACUCCGGGAGCCCAAGAUGUUGCCGAACAGCCAAACCUUUGGGGGGGAGCAGGAGCUCAUUACCAAUGGCACUGCACAACCACCUGCUCCGCUGAAAACCCAUGCGCAAGCCGACAUUCCUAACUGCAAGAAUGCUGUCGCAUUGGUCGUCACAGCGACGUCUCAAGUUGAGAAUGAGUUGACGAACACCUCAUUAGACUUUAGUUCAGGGUCCGAAAGCUUCAAUAUCAUAGAAGUUGAGAAUAUUUCUGAAUCACCAACACCUAGUUCUUCGUCGGAUAUCCCUAGUAACUCGUUUUUUAAACCGGAUAAUGCACGGUACAAACCAGUUGGCAAAGGGCCUCGGGAACAAAAUAUGAUCAAACUAUCACCAAUUGGGAAGAUCCCAAAUGAAAUAAUUUCGACUAUCAUUCGGAUGGUGCUUGAAGAUGAAGACGUUGUCACCGGAAAGUCUAUUUCAACCGUCUAUGAUGAAGAGUCCUCGCUUCAGAACCGAAACCUUCAACUGGAUUCUAUCCGCAAGAUUAAUACCCUGUGGAGAUCUCUAUGUCAAGCGGAAUUAUAUCGAUCCGUUCCAAUGACCUCUCUUCGAACUUUGAGGCGGUUCGCUGAGUGCGUGGCUCACUACCCUGAAUUAUCGGGGUUUGUGAGGGAAAUCAAAAUUUAUAUUCCUUUUACGUCGGUUGAUGGAUGGACGCCUUCGGGUAUCCCGCGAGGGAAUGAUGAAAGAUACACAACCUCCACUUCGGCCAAGUGUUUGAGCUUAAUAAUUGCGGCCUGUCCAAAUCUUUCACGCCUUGAUGCUAGUUUCGCAGGCGUCUUGCAGUCCCUCUCUUAUCUAACUAAAGCUCACAACGCAAUUACCCACCUCUCCCUUGAUGAUUGGCUCCCAAGGAAAAACGAUUUGAGGAACCUGGGAAAAUCCGUUAACCGUUUCCCUAACUUACAGCUUCUCCAACUGGAAACCAGCCACGAGCCUUCAGCCGAAUGGAAAAAAAUUUCUACCGGUCCCAAAGAUUUCCUAACCAGGGGAACCCUACUUACGUCGAUCACCUUCAAAGAUUUUCCUAUACACGACGAGUUCCUCGAAAGGGCUCUGCCAAAUUUCCCGUUACUUCGAACCCUGCAAAUUGAACGCUGCUCUGGUGUCUCCCAGAAAGGCUUAGCAAAAGCUUUAAUGGGUCUUGAAGAUCCUCGUCUUACUACUCUUGCAUUUAUCGGAUCAAAAGCGAAGGCCACCGAAUGUCACAUCGAUGGUGACCCCCACCUAUGCGAAGCAAUCGCCUCCAAACUUGGAUCGUGCCUCAUCAACCUGAAACUUAGUUCCAUCCCAGUCUGCGAGAAUCUUGGAUCUAGUGUUUCUAACUGGAGCCAACUUGAAAAAUUGGUCAUCGAAGGAGCGGAAUUUCAAGGCUGUAGGUUAGAUACAACCGAAGCUGAUGUUCAAGAAGCGAUGGCUGUUUCCGGUAUCUUCAACCUACGGAUCGACUCCUUUGUCUUCUUUGGUGAACGAUGA